GAGACGGUCUUCCCGACACUCAUACCUUCUAACAGAAUUUUUAAUCCCCUCAAGGCAAAAUAAAUGUUUUCUGCAUUCAAGCGUUCAUUGCCUCAAGUGUCCAUAUUUCACAAUCCCUCUUCUCCGCCCUCUGUGAAAGCUCUAUCCGUUCUGAGGUCCUCGCUGUCCUUGCCCUAUCCGUCCACCAAGCCAUCGUCUCCCCCGCUGCAGUUUGACUUGGAGGUCGUGGAGUCGGCGCCGACGGCAGACCAGCUGUCUAUCAUACUGUCCUAUCUCCCGUCUUCGAAGUCGUCAUCGCCGCCGCCUGCGCUUUCUGCCUUCUUCUCAUCGCACCCCACCGCGCCGUCCCCGUCUGAACGGCCCCAAAGCGCCGAUGGCCUCGUCCGACUUGUCUCGCAGAACCCUAGUGCCUUCAGAUGGCCUGUGGUCGUGGACUGGACGGGGGGGAGGGCGAGUAUAGGCGAUGUUGAAGGGGUCGGUCGGAUCUUGGAGGCUAUAAGGCAGAGGAGGGACGGAGAGGUCGAGGAUGAGGCGGGGCAUCAGCCCAAGGGGUGGUUCUCCUGAGUGCGACGAAAACCGAAAGGGGGCGGUGGGCACGUAGGCGCCCAAUAUCCCUUUUGAUAAUCAUUACGUAUCGUUAUCUCAUCCGCAUCAUCGUGUUUCCUUCGCUGAUAGUCUGUAACACCUUGUCAGUUUCUGGGUUAGCGAGAAGGGGGAAAAGAUUAUUAUUGUCUUGGGGGUGUUUCCGCCUGAUGCGUAGGUUCGUUGUGGCAGAGUCGUGCAUUGGGGCUUUGCUGGGGCCCAGAGCUGCGUCAGUGUCAGAGUCGAUUGGGGAUUGGUGCUUUGCGUCUUCACCGUGAUCUGCAGUGGCGAGUCGGGUCCCUCACGGAAGUCUAGCCGGUUGCAGCUAGCAUACGUUCAGUGUUUUGAAUCUUAACAUUCGUUGAUGGCUUCACAAGUUGAAAUAAUAAGUGUUUUAAACAACAAAACUAAAUGGAUCACCGAGGGGCCUAAACUAGUGCUGCAAGUACCGUCACAGUUAUCGUACAACAGAAACUCUGUCAGAAAGUAUAUCCACACACAAGAAGCCAUCAAAAGAAGUGACCUGCUAGAUUAUUGGCUCCGUCGAAACACCAAGAAGAUACAUAAGGGGGGUUUACUCUUGUCCACUACAGAAUCCACUCCGCAUAAUGAUCCGCUCCCAACUAGCUUGACCCGGAAUUUGAUGCAUCCGCAGCGGAGGGGGUUGGAGAGCCCUGCACAGGAGUAUUGGGAGCUGCAUCUGCCCGGGGCGUCGUCGCCGAAGGUGCAACGUUUGUAGGGCCCACAUCCUGGGUCGAAGCAACUGAGCCACCAGUUGUAACACUUGUAGGGCUAACAUCCUGGCUUGAAGCACCACCACCUGAGCUGCCUAUCGGUUGCCCACCACCACCAGUACUGGUACCCCCUGAUCCAUAUGUGUUACCACCGCCAGAAUCACUCGAGCUCGAGCUCGAGGUAGUGGACGCUACAGCACUGCUAUGAUGUUUCCCCACCGUCCCACCCACCGCACCCCCAACGACUGCUCCAAUGAUCACGAUAACGACGACAACUAUAGUGACGAUGCCUGCCGUGGUCCUCCAGAACGGCAGACGUUUCUUGGAAGAAGGAGAGGGGGACGAGUUCCUCUCUUGGAAUUUUUCUUGUGAGCUAAGGAUUGGAACGUUGGGACGGGGCGUCGUUGAGCUGAUGGGAGGUGUGGCAUUGGCGACGUGUGUAGAGCGUGAUCGUUGAGGCCUCCGUUCAUCAAGUAAAUCGAUGUUGUACCCUUCCUAAAAACAUCCAUUCGAGUACUGUUAUCAGCCCUAUACCAUCUUUUUUGAUGCAGCCAAAUUUCCAGCCCAGACUGACCUGCAGCUGUGCCCGAGUCGCCGCCGGGGCCUCGUCAAGCAAAUUUUGGUCGUAGCCUCUAGGUGGAGCGGACAUGGUGGAUGUGGAGGUCGUUGCCGUGUGGACUCGGAGAACGUAUGGUGUGAGCUGGAGUGAGCUAAGCUUUCGCUGUUGGUGUCUGCCCACGGUGGUCCAUCAAGCACUGGCAGGCGCUUUUCAUGUACAGCCUCCUUGCACUGGAAAACAAAUCCCGAAAUUGCAGUCUUACUCGUUUCGGACGGUACCGUGACCACGCGGAAUGAUCAGCGCUUGAUGGUACUGUACAAGAGAGAGCAUUGCAGGAAGUGUGCUUAUAGAAUGUAGGAAAAGUGCACGGUGCACUGGACGUCUUCGAGGAGCUUGAUGAUGGGAAAUUAAGGGGGUUCUUACGGGCACUAGACUAUGGCAGCAUGUUCUUUGCAGUGGGAAGCGCUCAUCGGUCAGCAUAAUUACAGCAUCACCUCGACGCACGGACGAGGGAGCGUUAGAAGCUGAAAUACUAUGGGGUUGAGAUACGACAGCACAAAAUUAGGUACAUGACGAAGCAAGAUGAUGCAGAACCAAAAAUAAAUGUUCAAGGACGCUGCAGCAUU